AUGAUUUGGGGACAGGGAACACAUUUCAGGAGAACAACCGUUUGGCAAAUGUCUGGUGCCCUAUUUUCCCUCAGUUGGAAUGGGACAGAACCUGCCUGGCUUAAAAGGUGGAGAAUUCAGAGUGGAGCUUCCGGGUUCAGGAAGAGCCAGCCUGGAAGAAGUGGUCAAGAAGCAAGGGGUUGGGGUGCCCUCAUUCCUCCCCCCCUUUUCCCACCAGAGGACCCCCAGGCUGACUCCUCAAUCUCACCCCUUCCCCACUUGGAGUCCAAGAUCCAACAGACACACAGCCUUGCCCGCCUCCUCACCAAAUAUGCUGAGCAGCUGCUCCAGGAAUAUGUGCAGCACCAGGGAGACCCCUUCGGGCUGCCUGGCUUCUCGCCCCCGCGGCUGCCGGUGGCCGAUCUGAGCGCCCCGGCCCCGGGCCACGCGGGCCUGCCGGUGCCCGAGCGCCUGCGGCUGGACGAGGCGGCGCUAGCCGCGCUGCCACCGCUGCUGGACGUCGUGCGCCGCCGCCAGGCCGAGCUGAACCCGCGCGCGCUGCGCCUGCUGCGGCGCCUGGAGGACGCGGCGCGCCAGGCGCGGGCCCUGGGCGCCGCCGUGGAGGCCGUGCUGGCCGCUCUGGGCGCCGAGACCCGCGGGCCCCGACCGGAGCCCGCCGCCGCCGCCAUUGCCGCGGCCACUGUCACUGCGGGCGUCUUCCCGGCCAAGGUGCUGGGGCUCCGCGUGUGCGGCCUCUACCGCGAGUGGGUGAGCCGCACCGAGGCCGACCUAGGCCAGCUGGCGCCCGGGGGCCCGGCCUAAGAGCGGGGCACGCGCCGCAGCUCGCGGUCCCCUCCUGGGCCGUCUCCCCCUCUCCAUCCCUCUCCAUCUCCAGCAGCGUCUCUGUGUUCUCCGACCGUCUCCAUCUCUCUAUUUGCUUUGUACACUCUCGAUCUCUUUUUCUCCCUGGGGCCUCCUUGUCUCCGUCUGUGACUUCCCAUGUCUAUCACUUCCUUGCUUUCCCCCUCUUCUUCUCCAUCGCUUGGGCCUGCCUCGCUGAGGAUCUCUGUCUCCCCUUCUCCCCAUCUCUUGCCUCCUCUUGGCCCCAUGUGAGCAUGUGUACAUCUGCGCCUCAUCUCAAGGGGACACCUGGCACUCUGUUUCCCUCUGUCCUUCUCUCUGUCCUUUCCUGGCCAGGGACAUGUCUGCUGACCCUGUGGUGGGUGGGCUCCUCCAGACAAAUUUCAGCCACCUUCCCCCAGGGUCACUCCACCUGCUGCUCUCCCCCUCCCACAUCCCACCCUUUGCGGCCCUGCCUCCUCUGCCUUUGAUGUCCUUUCCCUUCUUCCCCUCCCUCUGCCCUAUCCCUCCCUGUACCUUCCCUUCCCCCCAAGUUAGGUCUACUGGAGAGAAAAAAUCACCCCUUAAAAAGAGUUUUAUUUACGAGAAUAAAUUAAUUUUUUGUAAAUAAAAUGUUUAAAAAUAAAAAGAACACUAAAGUUA